ACAGAGUCGGGCAAUUUAAGCGGAAACUGGAUAAAAUGUCUCUUUAUGUACUCCAAUUUUCCACCGAUCAAUUAAUGAAUUACUUCACAAGUUAACGUACUUGACUACGCGACUCCACCUAAUACUUCGCUUCGCGUCUCAUCCACCAAAAAACUUUUCGCAUCAAUGUGACGAACCAAUGAAUCCGGAAUCGAUGCAUUUGGUAUCGUGUCGGACGAUAUGCCUCACCGUCCAGCAGGAACUCUACGUGAUGGGACAACCCACCGGAAAGCGUUUGUUUAUGCGUGGAUGUGCGUUAACUCUAGCACGGAGAGGCUUAAACAAUCAUACACUUAGCAUGUUUGAUCGCUACGAUAUUUGUCGCAGAGCUUCGACAUUGGAUAAAAGCUGUACUCGUGAACGCAUCAAAUUUCUGAUGUAUCAGAGUGACUGCGCCGAAGCCUCGACGCGCUUUUGCUGCGGUGUCAACUUACAAAUUACUUUCCGUCCUCCAUUUGAGAUCUCUAAUACGGCGAUCGAAGACUCCGUGAAAGGAAACCAUAUAAUUGCGUGA